AUGGCGUUUGGAGUUUUUGGUCUAUCGACGUUUUCGAAUGUUGUCACAAUGCUGUUCAGUUUCAUUUUUGGUACAAACUAUGUUUUGCUCUUCAAUUCUUUAGUUCAUAGUGACAUCGGUCGGUACUCCACUGCCAUUCGAUUUGUUUCUGCAAUAGGUGGGACACUAGUUUUAAUUGUUUUAAUAGUUAUAUCGUACCUUGAAAGGGUUACCAUUCAUUACAAAGCUUUUGGGACAUUUGUCUUAUUGUUCAACUUCUUUUUAACGCUUCUCUGUAUGAUCGUCACCUUUUGUGUUGACUUUUCUGGCGACUUCAAAAAGGAGUAUUUCUACAUUAUCAUCGAGUGUUUGAAUUGUAUGUUACCUCCCUGCAAUUUUGUGAUCUUUUUUAACUUCAGUUAUUCAUGCAGUGCCCAACACACAACUGCAUAUAUUGUGGGAGUAUCGUUUGGGAAAGUUGUAGCGUGUUCCCUGGCUUUGGCCCAAAUCGACGCCCAGUAUAGUUUCUUUAUAGUUCUCUUAAUUACACUGCUAGCUGUAAUAAUAUGGAUUUUACUUUUAACCGUCUACAACCGCUAUUAUAGUCUUUUGGAGUCUCAAGAAAACAUCAACUUUCCCGGGUCGUUGAGUGACAGUGAGACAGCACUUAUAAUGAAAGAAAGUCCUUCAAAAACUUUUAUUGAAAUUAUCAAGAGAAUUAGGUAUUCACUUCUCACCAUUUUUCUGUGUUAUUUUGUUUCCUUUAUGCUCUUCCCGCGAUUUCUCUCUACGACUUACAGGUGGUUUGCCUGCGAAGAGUUUGGGAGUGCCUACGAAUACCACCAACUCCAAAUCGUCGGAAAAAGAAUUUUGGUGUGCAGUUUAGUCUCUUCUGUUGGUGAUUUCCUUGGAAGGUGUCUCCAGUUCUUCCCCAAAAUUCCACCAGUCAAAUUUGUGUUUACAACAUGUGUCAUUUAUUCCGCUAUAACUCUUGUGGUUGUACUUCUUGUGUAUUUUUCAACGGCGUGGGAUAUCGAUAUAGCUGAAGUGUCACAACUAAUGAUGAGCAUAUUAGGGUUCUUCUUAAGUGGGAUCAACGGGUAUUUAGUUGCUUGUGCGAUCGAACACUCACUUAUUAAUAUCGAGCCUAGACUUGCCGUUGCUGUCGUGUCACUUUCUUUGUACGUUGGGGUCGUCUUUGGAAAUUUAUUUGGUUCCACUGUGUCCUUAAUAGACAACAUCAUUUCAAGCAAUACUGAUUGCUCCAUGCCUCUCUUUGCGUAG